UGAUGUCUUGCUGAGGAGGAGGUGGUCCUGAUUUUAGUUUUCCAGAACGCGCCCGUCUCUUGCACAAGCCGCGUCUCGAGGCAGAGGCUGCUCGCGCGUCACCAGCGCGCGAGAGGAUGUGCGCGCCUUCCUGAGGGAGACGGAAAAUCGGGUUUUACUUGGGAUUUAAAUCGUGUAUCGUGUUAUUUGGGAUAUAUAUAUUAUUAAACGCGAUAUUCUUAACCGAAUGGAUGCUGGAAUGAUGCCUCUCCGUGUCGGGAUUUCCUCUCUGUGCCUCUUUGUAGCGGUGAUGAGCUCUGUGAUACACACCAGCUUCUCCCUGCCUCAUUACGGAGACGCCUUGGUAAAGACGAGGGCUCGGCGUGAUGACGCCAGGUUCCUCGGGAGAGAGAACACGGUACCGGUCCGGUUGGUGUACCGAAUGGACGGAGACCGUCAGGCCGCUCAUGAUGUUCUCAACACACGGGUUCGAGCGAGCUCUGACAGUAAACAGAACCACAUGACACAGGCUAGCUUCCAGGUGCAGGCCUUCGGAAAGACCUUCAUUUUAGACGUGGAACUGAACCAUGAUCUUCUGUCAUCAAAUUACAUUGAGAGGCACAUAUCAGAGGAGGGGAAUGCAGUUGUCAACAAAGGUGGAGAACACUGUUAUUACCACGGGAAAGUACAUGAUAUUCCGAAGUCAUAUGUGGCUCUUUCAACAUGCCAUGGAUUACAUGGGAUGUUCUUUGAUGGGAACCACACAUACAUGAUCGAACCAGGAGGAGAGAACACUACAAGUGAGGAGGUUCAUGUGCACAUGAUUUAUCAGUCUCCUGGUUUAGACCCCCCAGAGGACUUCAUUUCUGCAGUUCAUCUGACAGAGUCACCGUUCCAGAACCCUCCACAGUCCAGUGCUGCCCACAGACGGAAAAAGAGACAGAUAUCACAAAAUCCACGGAGUGUUGCAGAUGAGACCAAAUAUAUAGAGCUGAUGGUCAUAAAUGAUCAUUUGAUGUACAAGAAACAUCGCCUUUCCGUUGGACAGACAAAUAACUACGCUAAAUCUGUUGUGAAUAUGGCUGAUCUGUACUUCAAAGAACAACUCAACACUAGAAUUGUGCUGGUUGCGAUGGAAACGUGGGCUGCGGACAACAGGUUUAACAUCAACGACGAUCCCAUGGUGACAUUACGAGAGUUUAUGAAGUACAGAAGAGACUUUAUUAAAGAAAAGUGUGACUCCGUUCACCUUUUUUCGGGCAACCGUUUUCAUAGCAACUGGGGAGGAGCCUCAUACAUGGGCGGAGUCUGCUCACUCACUAAAGGAGGCGGAGUCAAUGAGUAUGGAAAGACUGAAGAAAUGGCCAUAACUCUCGCCCAGUCACUGGGACAAAAUAUCGGCAUCUUUUCUGAUAAGAAACGUAUUUUAAAUGGGGAGUGCAAGUGUGAAGAUAAAUGGUCGGGCUGCAUAAUGGAUGAUGUUGGCUUCUACUUGCCCAAGAGAUUUUCUGACUGUAAUGUGGAAGAGUAUCAUGAUUUCCUGAACAGUGGAGGUGGUGCGUGUCUCUUCAACAAACCAUCGAAGCUCUUGGAUCCUCCAGAGUGCGGAAAUGGUUUUGUGGAGGCAGGAGAGGAGUGUGACUGUGGAAGCCCAGCCGAGUGUGCUAGAGAAGGAGAGAACUGCUGCAAGAAAUGUAUGUUGACUCAGGGAGCCAAAUGCAGUGAUGGUCUCUGUUGUAAGAACUGCCAGCUGGAGUUUAUGGGUGUACUUUGUCGUGAGGCUGUCAAUGAUUGUGACAUACCGGAAAUGUGCACUGGGAACUCCAGCCAGUGUCCUCCAAACCUGCACAAGAUGGAUGGGUACACGUGUGAGAAAGAUCAAGGAAGAUGUUUCAAUGGCAGGUGCAAAACCAAGGACAGACAGUGCAAAUACCUCUGGGGAGAGAAAGCAACAUCGGCUGACAAGUUUUGCUAUGAGAAGCUCAACAUUGAGGGCACAGAGAAGGGCAACUGUGGACGAGACAGAGACACCUGGAUUCAGUGCAAAAAACAGGAUGUACACUGUGGAUACCUGCUGUGCUCCAACAUUUCUCCUGCACCCAGACUAGGAGAGUUACAGGGAGGAUUGACAUCUUUCUCUGUGGCACAGCACAGCGCCUCUCUGGACUGCAGUGGAGGGCAUGUGCUGAUUGACGGCGACACUGAUUUGGGAUACGUAGAGGAUGGAACGGCGUGUGGGACGGAUCGCAUCUGCUUUAAUCACAAAUGCCUCCAAGUGCAGGAAUUCAAUUUCAGCACGUGCCCUGGCACCAACGAAAGGGUGAUCUGCUCCGGACAUGGGGUGUGCAGUAAUGAGCUCAGGUGUGUGUGUGACCUGGGCUGGGCAGGUGAGGACUGUAACUCCACCUCUCCUCUGAGUUACCUGCUGGUGCGACCUACAGCCAAAACAUCAGGCAUCAUCACUACUAACAUCAUCAUCGGGGCCAUUGCGGGCUCUAUCCUGGUCCUUGCACUGAUUCUAGGCAUUUCUGCAUGGGGAUACAAGAGCUACAGACAGCGUCAGUAUGUUGAGUCUGAAGUACACAGAAGAUUCUGUCGUCAAAUGCCUCCGGGUGAUUACGUGAAGAAGCCUGGAGACGGUGAUUCCCUGUACAGUGAUGUGCCGCAGGGCGUGAGCUCAAACUCCGGCAGCAGCUCCAAGAAGAGGUCUGCUUACCUGUCUCACCUCCAGAUCAACACCUGCUCUUUCACCCCCUCAAUCCCUUCCAUCAGCCAAAACAUCUGUCUGUUCGGCUUCAGAUCUAAUGGUCUUUCUCACUCCUGGAGUGAAAGAAUCCCAGAUGCCAAGCACAUCUCUGACGUCUGUGAAAAUGGAAGACCCAGGAGCAACUCAUGGCAAGGAAACGUCACAGGGACCCGUAAGAAGCUCAAGGGAAAGAAGUUCCGUCCUCGCUCCAACUCCACAGAGACACUGUCACCUGCCAAAUCACCCACUUCUUCAACGGGCUCCAUUGCCUCCAGCCGGAGAUACCCCUACCCCAUGCCUCCGCUUCCAGAUGAGGAGAGGAAGGCCAACAGACAGAGUGCCAGGCUGUGGGAAACGUCAAUAUAAAAGAGCUCCUCGAAACUGGGCUGCAAAACUCCGUAAGGAUUUCUCUGCUUUUGUAUGAAUGAGAAAAUGAAAUAAGUAAUAAAGUAAGGAAUUCAAAUGGAGAAACAAGUAACGAGUGAAUGGAAGAGUUGGGCAUGGUCUCCUCCGAUCUCCGAUAACAUUUGUGGCAUGGAGCUGUCUUACCUUGGAUGUGGAGAAGUGCGGUAUCAGUAUCCCAUUCCUGCUUUCAUUCACAAACAGGACUCAGGAACACGAUUUCAUCACGAGACAUACCCAGAAUGACAGCCGAUACAGAGACAACAGCAGCUACUCGUGCCCUUGUUAAACCACGCCCCCAAACACAUGCUGUCUUGUGAUUGGUUCCCUUGAUGCCCGGGUGCAAGAAGCUCAUGCAGGAGCAGGAAGUUAACUAUUGUUUUGAACGCACGCUGUCACUGUAGAACCUACUGCUGUAUGCAUGAGAAAACAUGUUUAUCCAUUCCUUGUAGUGUAACCAUGUACAAAUGUUUUAAGAUCUUUCACUCAAGGGUGCCGCAUGUAUUGAAGGACAGCUUCGUAGGCCGUUAAGAUUCAAUCCCAUGUCCACUUCACCAGAACAUCAUACAUUCAUAUCUUCUCAGAGAACUUUGUACAUAUGUCAUAUAAUUCAGAGUGAAAUGUGAGGGUGUAGUAUUUUUCGGUUUUUGAAGUUUGGUAGUGGAGAGCGUGGUGGAACUUUUUUUCUGCAUUUAAGUGUCUGUCCUGUGAUCACAUCCCUAAAUUCACAGAAUUUGUUUCAAGACUAGUGCAAGCUACACAGAGGCACCAUUUCAUGAAUUAUGCGUCAGAUCGUAACAACACAUCGCAAACAACGAUACUUUUGUAAUGAGCACAUUUCUGCUUUAGAUUGAGUAAAGAUUUUGCAUUUAAAAGUCACGACUGAAGUGGAAAUAGCCUCAGAUAUUUUUUUCCUACAUGUGAUGUAACCAAAAAAAAAAAAGGACAGGGACUUGGUUGUAUUUGUUGGUACCAUUGAUGCUUUUGGCGAAAGAAAAUUGUGAGAAAAGGGCGGAGCUUAAGUGAACUAAAUGAUAGAAGUCCAACAUGCAUCACCCUAGAGAAGAACAAGUUUUCAUUUAAAGCUUUUAUUGUUUCUGAAUUUUAAAAAUUGAAAGGGUAAUUUUGACUUCUUAUCUACAAUCUUACAUUUUUCGCAGAACUCUGAUGAACUCAGAAUUUUGCUAAAAAGUUUUAAUUAGUAUACUUUUGUUUUACUUUUUUGUUUUAGUUUUCUGUAAUCUUGAUCUUGAGGUCAAAACAUUUUAUCUGCUUGGACGAAUUUUACGCAUGAAGUUAAGAUAAUGGAAUUUUUUAUGUGUCAUGGUGACUUCAGAAAUCUGUGCUAGUGUCUGCAUAAGUUAUCUGAUACACAUAGUCGAUUAGUUGUAAAGUGCUACUAUAGGAGAGAAAAUGAAAUGAGCUUCUGAAUCGUAACAUGCAUGAGGCCUUAAUUCUCUGUUGGAGUUUCUAAUGAGUUUUUCCCUCAUACUCACAGCCGAAUGUAAUUCUUUCAUUUCCUCAUCAUCAUCAUCAUCAUCAUCUCACGUUAUUUAUAAUUCUCUCGUAAGCAUAAGGAAUGUGAUUCUAGCUGAUUGUUUCGGGUACUUGGAUUUUUGUGAUUCAUGCUGCAUUCAUGAAAACAACAAGCACAGAUUUGUGUAUCAUCUAUCCACACAAGUGUGUAGAGCUUACCUCUGCAUUGAUUAUAUUUUUUUCAGAUUUAAAUGUGUAAUGUAUUUUCAGUUGAAAAAUAAGGUGGAUGAAAUGAACACGAAUGGUAAAAGUUGAUAUGGAAUUCAGAAUCACGGAGGUAAUAAUAGCUGUCAUGGUUUACGCGAGAGACUAAAACCCUGGAGAUGUCUGAAUGUAAUGCUAAACAUAUUUCCUUGAUAAAUUAUGAGGUUUAGGGGGGAACACAUGUUGAGUUUUUAAACACAUUCUCCCUGAAUAACAUGUACUGUAUGUAGACUCGCCGUUAUGAAUCCAUAAUCACAGUUUUCUGAUGUUGGUAGACGUUUGUUUACAGCAUGACACUCUUCACGCUACAGUAUCCCUCUGGUCAUGUGACCAUCCGGCCUUGAUAGAUUGCCUACUUCUGGUCAGUAUUGUAUUAGUAAUGGCAGUUUUCAUCUGUACAUAGUUUGCUGUGCGUCGGCACUGAUUUUUGCACUCUGCCUGUAAUCCACGAAUACUGUCCCGUAACAUCGCCAUGAUGCAUAUGAGGUAUUUUUAAGGUAACUUUGUACAGUCUUUCCCUCCUUCCCAGUAUUACUACUUGUACAUAUUUAACCCCAACAACAAUUAAGUGCUAUAGAAUGAUUAUUAGCGCAAUAGGUUUUUGUGCAAACUGAGGUUUUUAUUUCAUUAACAUGUCGCCUUUGUACAUCACGUGGGACACUUGCCCUGUUUCUGUGUUUGUAUUUGCAGUUUAAACACAUCAGGAGACUGAACUCACACCAAGAACAUGAACAUUAACUCAGUAGUUUCUUUUCAUAAUAAUAACUGACCAUCUGAAGCAAUACUCUCUGCUCACUGUGACCCUAACCUGUCCGAGACAAAUGCACACUCAUACUGGAAUAAACAAGUCUGAUGCCGGUCAUUUUAAUCGAUUCAUCGGGCAACUCAUGAUUGAAGGACACAACCAAAAUACCUAUGAAUGUAUUUAAGAAAAUUCAUAUUUUGCACACAGCCACGCCCAUAUUGAUAGCUAUGGAAGCAUGUUUUCACCACAGGAUAGAUAAUAAUGAAAGUAAUUGCUUUUUCUCACAAAAAAAGAAAAGAAGAAAUAUUUUUCCACGCAAUUCAUCCUUUUUUUCCUCAGAAUUGUGAGGGGAAAUGUGGAUUUGCGAGAUAUAAAUUUAGAAUUCUGACUUUCUUGCAAUAAAGUACGUUAACAUGUUAACGGAAUAAAAAUGGUAAUUUUGCCAGGAAAUGAGUAGGAAUUGCAAGAUAAACUCAGAAUUCUCGCAAAUUCAAAAUUCCAAAUUCUUUUUCCACCACUGCAGAAUUAAAAAUAAAAAGGUCAGUGCGACUUUUUUCCUAACAAUUCUGAGUUUGUCACACAAUUCAGACUUCUUUCUGGAAAAAGAGGAAAAACAAUUAAGCUAAUUGCUGCUGUUCAUCUACCAAUUCUCACAAUUUCAUAUUUUUGGAAAAAUACAAGUUUUUUAAUCUGACCAAUCUUUUUUUUUUUUUUUUUUACCUAGAAUUGCAAGAAAAAGAAUUGUGAGAAUCUUUAUAUUUGUUUAUUUUUAUUCUAUGUUGGAAACAAGCUGCUAUAGCAAUUUAUCACACACACACACAAACUGAAAUCCAGGACAGUGUUAACCCGAAGUGAGUUUUUUGUUAUGUUUUGUUUUGUUUCAGCUGCAAUAUCAUCUUUUUCACUCCUUCUGCGCAGGCAGCCGCUGUCUCACUCUCUGUUGUUUCUCUUGUGUUCUCAUUUGACCGUGUACACAGUGUUGGUAAUCAUAGAUUCUUCAUGGCUGUUUUUGUUCAUUGUGUGCUGUACAUAGACUGACAAUUCAAAUGAUAAAUGCUCUUUUUUUCAUACAGUAUCCAUUCAGUAUUGUAAUAUAUAAGAUAAAAGUAAAACUUUCAUUCAAA